AGGAAGCGGGGUGAGAGCGGAGGGGAACUUGAAGUGGAGGUAGUUGCUGAAGCGGGAGUGAGGGUGGACACUGGGGCCGCGGAGAUGGGAAGCACAGGCGAAGGUGCAGCAGAGGAUGGGCGGGGUGAAGGGGGAGAGCCAGGAGAGAAGGAGGGGAGAGAGCUGAUGCAGUUGGCAAUGAGUCUGGAGACAAAGUUGACGAGUCGAUACAGCAGAGAGGCCCGAUGGAAGCACUCGAAGUGGCAGCAUCAGGUUUUGCAGUGGAAGCAGCGGGAGGGGCGAGCAGGGAGGGAGAGAGGGGCUGCGUGAGGUAGUGGCAGGGCGAGCGGUUGCUCUGCUGGACGACCUGCUCUCCUCCGUGCCUGACAUCGUCACUGACCCCCCCGCUGCGGCAUUGCAGCAGCGGUGUGUGGAGGCAGGUGCGCUGCAGCAGGUGCUGGCGGUGCUGGACGCGCGGUACGACGAGGGCGACAGCCUCACCGUCGCCCUCGCUGCCCUGCGCUGCCUCACCUGCCUGCUCGCCGCCAACCAGUCCUCCAAGCCCAUGGUGCGAGUGGCAGGGGCGGGGUACACGGCCCUGCAGAGGAGGAUCCAUGCGCUCACGGGGGGGCGGCCGUGCCAGGCGGUGCUGGACGCAGUGCUCACCAUGGCCACCGACGGCGCUGAUGGCGGCACCUUGCACAACCCCAUGGCGCGAGCCACCAUCCAGAAUGGCGAUGCGCUCAUCCUCUGGCUCUCUCUGCUGCGCACGGCGCCAGAGCGGCAGGCGUCGUCGUGCGCCGAGUGCACGCGCGCCUCGCUCAUGUGGCACCUGCUGCACUGGCUCUCCACACUCGACCAUGACUCCCCCUCUGCCACACCCCACGACUCCGGGCUGUUCACACAAGCACUCACAGGCGCUGGCACUGGCGCAUGGGACAAACAGCAGCAGGUGCAGCAGGGGGGAGGGGGAGGGCGAGGGGGCAGGGCGCAGUUGGUGGGUGCGGUGGCGCUGCUGGUGGAGACGCUGGGGCGGCACAGCAUGAGCGGCAAGGAGAUCACCGCCGUCUUCCACCUGCUCAGGCAGGCGCGCUCGGGCAGCCGCGCCCAGCACGCAUCGCUGCUGCUGCGCACGCUGCUGGGCGCCAUCAAGGACGAGGGGCCCUCGGGCUUCUUUGAACUCAACGGUAUCGACUCGGGCUUCAAGCUGCCCCCCGACCUGCACUUCCCCGGCCCCCGCGGCUACACCUUUGUGUGCUGGCUGCGCAUCGAGGCCUUCCCCCACUCCCCCGCCUCGCCCUUCCCAUCCUCGCCCCCGGGCAACCCCUGGGCCUUCGACGCCGAUGGGCGCCUGGAGGAGGCGCGCGCGGCGGGGGCAGAGGGGGGGGCGAGAGAGGGGUGGGAGGCGAGCCGCGAGGGCGCAAUGGCGCUGUUCAGCUGGCACACGGACCUGGGCGCCGGGUGCAGCGCCUUCCUCACCCCGGACGACCUGCUGCUGCACGUGGGGGGGGCGGCAUCACGGGAGGCGGUGGUGGGUUUGCCGCACCAGCUGCGGCUCAAGUGCUGGCACCACGUGGCCAUCACGCACAGCGCGCCCACCUUCUCCACCCCCAGCACCGUGCACCUCUUCGUCGACGGCCAGCCCGUGGCGUCCUCAAGGGCCAGUUUCCCCCGCAUCUACGACCCGCUCACGCGCUGCACCAUAGCAGCGUGGGCGCCACUCCCCCAAGCUGCCCCUCACGCGCGCACCCUGGUGGACGACGACGACGAGGUGACGGCGCUGGGCAUGGCGCCGCCGCUGUGCGGGCAGCUGGGUGCGCUGCACGUUCUGGACGACCCGCUCUCGCCCGACCAGGUCGUGGCGCUGCACCGCCUGGGCCCGCGCCACGCGCACGCCUUCCUGCCCUCCGAGCUGUCCCUCCUGCCGGGGUCCGCCGACUCGCCCGUGCGCGCACUGUUUGACGGCAAGGACAGCCUCGCGCCGCGCAUCGCCCUCAGCCUCACCGCACACGCCACGGCGGGCGGCCACGUGCUGGACGGCACGCCCUUCUGGGAGCAGCCCGGCAGCACGAGAAAAGUUUGCGAUGCGGUAAUGCUGCCGGGCGUGCAGGUGUGCCAGCGGCAUCGGCUGCAGGACGUGCUGUCGUGCGUGGGAGGGGUGGCUGUGCUCUUCCCCCUGCUCACCCAGCUGGACGAUGAUGACAGGAAUGACGGGGCAGGGGGCGAGGGCGAGGAGGGGGGAGUGUGGGAGGCAGGGGGGACGCACCUGGCAGUGGACGUGGUGUGCCUGCUGACGGAGGUGAUGGCAGGCAGCGCCGCCGCACAGCAGUUCAUGACGGUGGUGGGGGGCUUCGCCGUCCUCAACUUCCUGCUGCAGCGCGUGCACCCCCGCCACCUCACCGUCAGCCUCGUCCUCUCUAUAGAGAGCCUCACCAACAGCAUUGCUGCAGAAAGGG